AGGGAGCUGGAACAGCAACUGGUUCCAGAGUGGCGCGCCAAAUAUCUAGAUUAUAAGACCGGCAAGAAGAAAGUCAAAGCGAUCUCUCGCGCUCUCCAAAAAACCUCUCGAAGCCCCAGCCAUCCCUCUCUUCAACAACACAAUGCUUCCGCGCAUGACGACCAAGAUGACCGUCCUGCUGGUUCUGAUGGCCCAUCCCCAUUCCGACGCUCCAGUAGCAGACUCGAUGCCAAUGAUCCCUCCCACAUUCCUUCCACCCCUAUAAGAAGCACUGGUCCUACGCCACGCUCACCGCGCUCGGGCUCUAGCCGCAGCGAGCGUCAGCCCCUGCGUGUACCCGGGUCUAGGUUUUCAGGCGUCAUUGGAAGCUACGGAAGUAUCGUUCCCUCUCCUCCGCUGAAUGCUGGAUCAUCGGAUGUCGCCUCCCUUCGACUGCCAGAUCCCGCCAUCGACCCAAAGCAUAAUGACUACUCGUCGGAGAGGGAUGCGGAGCAGACCAGUGUACCUGUGACACCGUCCCCGGUGAUGUCGCGACAUGCGAGCACACGAACUGCGACCAAGGGCAUAGUUCAGCGGAGUCCUGCGACGCCCCAGAAGGAUCAUAAGCGGAAUGCAACCCCAGGCCCUCCAAACCGGAGAGGAUCGUUGCUCCAGCGCGUCCUGUCCUAUCCGGACUGGGAAUCCCCCGAGAAGCGUGGAGCGGAUGGAUCUUCUGAGUUCGAGAAGCGCCAGGACGAGUUCUUCGCCUUCUUGGAUAGCGAGUUGACCAAAAUAGAAUCCUUCUAUCAGAUGAAGGAAGAGGAGGCCGCAGAACGCCUCAAAGUGCUUCGUCAUCAGCUGCAUAUCAUGCGGGACCAACGCACACAGGAAGUUCUAGGUGCCAAGUUGGCCCGGCCAGAGAAAGAAGGAACGCCGAAGUCUCAUGCAUUCGGUCCUCUAGGUGGCCUCGCUGGCUUCGGCAUACGCGGUGCUCUCACUGGACGUCAUUUCGGGAAGAACUCUAAAGCGCUUGCAGAGUUGGGCACCCCGUCAGCAGCCUUACAAGGACAGGAUCCCGACCAUACAGUGUCGCGUCGCGAUUUCAUCCGUCGGCCCGAGGACCCAACCAACAGCGAUGUCUCCUAUCGCUCCGCUAAAAGGAAGCUGAAGCACGCGCUUCAGGAGUACUACCGCGGUGUGGAGCUGCUGAAGGCGUACGCCUACCUGAACAGGACUGCCUUCCGUAAGAUCAACAAGAAAUAUGACAAGACUACUAAUGCGCGUCCUGCGCAGAGAUACAUGUCUGAGAAAGUCAACAAGUCGUGGUUCGUUCAAAGCGAAGUCACUGAGAAUCUGCUGUCCGCUGCAGAAGACCUGUACGCUCGUUACUUCGAGCGCGGCAACCGCAAGAUCGCCGCUUCAAAAUUGCGCCACACUAUCAAUAAAUCGGGAGAUUAUUCUCCGUGCACGUUCCGUGCCGGUGUGCUCUUGAUGGGUGGUGUCCUGUUUGGUGCUCAGUCAUUAGUCAGUAUUCAUCGUUCUGAGUGCCUGCUGUCAGCUAACUGUGCGCAGAUAUAUGGGGGCUAUUUCCUCGUUGUACUUCAUUUCCUAUUAUUUUGCCUAGACUGUAUGGUCUGGACUCGGGCCAAGAUCAAUUACGUCUUUGUGUUUGAAUAUGAUACCAGGCAUGCAUUAGAUUGGCGUCAGCUUACUGAGCUGCCGUCAUUUUUCUUCUUUCUGCUGGGUCUCUGCAUGUGGCUCAACUUCAUGUCAGUUAAUAGCAUGUAUAUUUAUUGGCCUGUUGUCCUUGUCGGCUUGACCACGGUCCUUCUUUUCCUACCCGUGCGGACACUGUACCACCGCAGCCGCAAAUGGUGGGCAUAUUCUAAUUGGCGUCUGCUUCUGGCAGGGUUCUAUCCGGUUGAGUUCCGUGAUUUCUUUCUGGGAGACAUGUAUUGCUCCCAGACAUAUGCCAUGGGUAAUAUCGAGUUAUUCUUCUGUCUCUACGCACAUUAUUGGGGUAACCCUGCCCAGUGCAAUUCUUCGCAUUCCAGGCUGCUUGGGUUCUUUACCUGCUUACCGGGCAUUUGGAGAGCUUUGCAGUGUCUGCGACGUUACGCAGAUACUAGGAACGUCUUCCCGCAUUUGCUGAACUUUGGCAAAUACACGUUCACCAUUCUGUACUAUGUCACUCUGAGCUUGUAUCGCAUCGAUAAAGUGGAACGUUUCCAGGCUACGUUCAUCACCUUUGCGCUGCUCAACGCCGUGUAUGUGUCGGUUUGGGACCUUGUCAUGGAUUGGAGUUUGGGGAACGCCUACGCCAAACGCCCGUUGCUGCGCGAUGUCCUGGCGUUCCGUCAAGCAUGGGUAUACUAUGUUGCGAUGGUCAUCGACGUUAUCGUGCGAUUCAACUGGAUCUUCUAUGCCAUCUUCACGAAGGAUCUGCAGCACUCCGCGUUACUCAGCUUCUUCGUGGCGCUGUCAGAAGUCUGCCGACGAGGUAUCUGGACGAUCUUCCGUGUGGAGAAUGAGCACUGCACCAACGUCCUGCUGUUCCGGGCGUCCAGGGAUGUGCCUUUGCCAUACCAGGUCUCCCUCCCGCCAGCGCAGGUUGACCAACAAGCAGAUGGUGUGCCCCUGGAAGAGCAGCAACCGCAAGCACACGAUGUGGAGCACGGCACCCCGUCCACUCCAGGCAUGUCGCUCCGCAAUCGCGGCCUCUCCCGUGUCGGCUCAUUGCUGGCUUCGGCGCAUGCACAGGACUUCCAGCGGAAGAAGCGUCCGGGCCAAGAUCCAGGCGAUCAGCCACUCCGUGGCUCAGAGGAUACCCCGGAUGACUCCACUGAUGAUGAAUACCACGAUGGCAGAGCGUCCUUGGAUGAUGAUGUGAUAAUGGAAGAGCUUCCGUUUCACGAGGAGCGAAACUAA